AUGGACUGCAGAGUGAGUGCUGGUCAUCAUAUGGAUGUAUAUGCAUCUUCUAUUGAUGAUAUUUUGGAAGAUGAAGAACAUUAUGCGGAUCAGUUAAAGGAGUAUCUUUUUUAUGCAGAAGCAUUGCGAUAUGCAUCUUCUAUUGAUGAUAUUUUGGAAGAUGAAGAACAUUAUGCGGAUCAGUUAAAGGAGUAUCUUUUUUAUGCAGAAGCAUUGCGGGCUGUGUGCAGGAAACAUGAACUUAUGCAGUAUGACUUAGAGAUGGCUGCUCAGGACCUAGCAUCCAAGAAGCAGCAGUGUGAGGAACUGGCAACUGGGGGUGAGCUAUUUUCCAUUUGGGUCUGUGGUAUUAUUAUAACGAACCUUAAGUGA